AUGCAAACUCUUCCUCCCACCCUUCCCACGGAUGGAGUCUUCGCGUCCGUGUUCCCUUCCGGCAUUCAACCACCUAAACACCGUCGUCGGUUCGCCCCCAAAGCCGCCGCACUAAUUCCAGAUAUCCAGCGAACCCUGAAAGACCAACUCAGACUUCUCCUUGGCAUUGGAAAUGAGUCUUUUGUCUAUGGGCAUUCUCGUAUGGUGACCAAUGCUGGAGCUCCUUUCCACAGCCACUUUGGAUCUUCUGGAAUAGAGUAUCGGAUCCGCGAGCCAACAGCGGUCGAUCAUGCUAAACAUAUUACGCGGGAGAAUUCUUCUCCGUUAUGGUCGAUGCUAUCGCAAUGGCGAUCAGCAGUCGGUUCUGAAACCGUCAUGAAAUUGCUGGCCACUGUUCUCAAUGAACUGAUGACCGAGUUCGUGACUUGGUCAUACGCUGGAAUUUACCAAGAGGGCCUGUAUCAUCAUCUCGAAUUCUGGAUCCAACAUUUGUUCUCAAGAAUUGCGUACAAGGUGCUGGGUUGUCUAGAUGACAGUUUCAACGCUCAGCGGGUGCCGGAGACCGAGAUCAAGAAAUGGAAGGAUAUGGCCGUGGCUCGCUUGGGUGCCUUACGGGUAGAUGAACUCUUUGAGAUCAUUGUGGACUGGGACGCGACGGCACCAGCCAUCGAAGACUUGAGACAGUUUACCACCAAUCCAGCGACGAGAGGAUAUCUGACCCACGAUUUCGCCAACGUCCUUCAGACACGUCUGCUGCACCCUGGCGCCUCAACUAUCGAGAUCCUGCAGCUCUACAUCGCAAUCACCCGCUCUUUCCGAGUUCUGGAUCCCAAAGGCGUUCUCCUAGAUCGCGUCGCAAGAAGAGUUCGACGAUACCUCAGAGAACGAGACGAUACGGUCAAGGUCAUCGUCACUGGACUCCUCGCCGACACUGCGCCCCAAGAGAACGGUCGGGAACCAUCCUCAGACCCAGAAGUCCUUUCAGAACUCGCACUCGAACUUCACCGACACAAUGCGCGCGACAAUACUACAGAAGACAGUGAAUUUGACUGGAAUAACAUGGAGUGGUUGCCUGAUCCUGUUGAUGCAGCACCGGACUAUAUGAAAUCGAACAAGAACACCGAUGUGAUCGGCAGCCUGAUCACCCUCUUCGACACGAAAGACGUCUUCGUGAAGGAGCUCCAAUCGACACUCGCCGAACGACUGCUCAAGAACAAACCAGAUUUCAACCAAGAAAUCAGCGUGCUGGAGCACCUGAAGAUUCGAUUCGGCGAUUCGGCGUUGCAAGCGUGUGAAGUCAUGUUGCGAGACGUUCUGGACUCGCGAAAAGUCGAUCAUGUCAUCCGAAGAGAUCUGGAAAAAGAAGGCACAUCGGGGCGAAUGGAUGAAGAAGACGGAGGUAUUGAACUUCAUGCCAAGAUUCUGUCCAGGCUGUUCUGGCCGUCCAUGUUGGAGCAGUCGUUCACCGUGCCGCCUGAGAUACUGGAGCGGCAGGAAAGCUACGAAAAGGGUUUCGGAGCAUUGAAGCAGUCGCGAAAGUUGACCUGGCUCAACGCAAUCGGCCAAGUCGACGUGGAACUGGAGCUGGAGGAUCGCAGCUUGCGAGAAGAGGUUCUGCCUUGGCAAGCCGCUGUGAUCCACGCGUUCCAGGACAAGGCCGCACAGGGUGAAGACCAGCCAGUCAGCAAGAGCGUCUCUCAGCUCGCCACAGAGCUCGAAAUGUCUCCCACUCUCGCUCGGUCUGCCUGUAUAUUCUGGGUUUCCAAACGCAUUCUCCAUGAGAUAUCCGCAAAUACUUUCAUCGUCCUCGAAAGCCUCCCCUCCGGCACGGAGUUCGAUACAAACAUGACCAACGAUUCCUCGACCGAGACACAGGCCAGCACGGCUGCAGCAGCAGAAGCCGCCGCCCUCGCUGCUGCCAAGGAAGCUGAAGAAGCCGAACGGAAACAGAAAAUGGCCAUGUACCAUCAAUUCGUGGUAUCCAUGCUUACGAAUCAAGGUUCGAUGCCACUGGCGAGGAUUGCUAUGAUGCUAGGGAUUGUCGUUCCGGGUGGGUUUCCGUUCAGCAAUGAGGAGCUGAAGGAGUUUUUGGCUGGAAUGGUCAAGGAAGGCGUUCUGGAAGUUGGAAAUGCCGGCGUCUACAAGAUCGCGAGUUGA